GUUCACGUACUGCAAUGCAGUUUUUUUCAUGGACCGUUUUAGGCAUAGCGAUAUGGAAGUUAAAGACUUUACUUUACCCACGCGUCCAUGCCGGUCAUCAGACGGUGGACGAUGCUGGAAGUGCGAAGUGGGAACUAUCAUCCUGUCAUCAGACGGUUGACUCCCACGACGCAAUCCUGUCUGCUGGUCUACCAUCAGGCGGUGAACUUUCUUAG